GAGCGCCAGGCACGGAUCGUACAGAGCUCUGUCAGUCUUGAGUUCUUGCUUCAACAGUGAUUGAACGGAACCGAGGAGUCUGAUCCGUACCACCGUCUUCAUUACCCAUCAUCUCUACCGAUCCACCAUGAGCAGCCAGAUCCGCCAGAACUACCACCAGGCGAGCGAGGCUGGAGUCAACCGCAUCGUCAACCUCGAGCUUCAGGCUUCCUACACCUACCAGUCCUUGGGUUUUUUCUUUGACCGUGAUGACUUGGCAUUGGCAAAGUUUUCAAAGUUCUUUCGUGAGCAAUCUGAGAAGAAGCGAGAGCAAGCUGAGGAAUUCCUGAAGUUCCAGAACAAGCGAGGAGGACGUAUUGUGCUUCAAGACAUCAAGAAGCCAGAGGCUGAUGAAUGGGUGAAUGGAACAAACGCUAUGGAAUGUGCCCUGAGACUGGAGAAAAGUGUAAACCAGGCAUUGCUGGAACUCCAUAAGAUCGCCACAGAACACGCUGACCCUCAUAUGUGUGACUUCUUGGAGUCUGAACUCCUGGUGAAGGAGGUGAAACUGAUAAAGAAGUUGGGUGAUCACCUUACAAACUUGAGACGUGUGAAGGCAGCAGAGAAUGGCUUGGGAGAAUACCUCUUUGACAAGUUGACCCUGGGCGAGGACAGUGACUGAGCUUCCCGCUCCCAACGGCUGGCAGAUGUGCUAGUGAUCUUGUGCUAAAAUUUAAAAGGGAUGUUUGGGGGUGAAUGAUUGCAUGCUCUGAAAUGUUAAUAAAACAUACUAGUAUCAA